AUGAAGCUUGCAACACUCCCCGUUGCGGUUCGCCACGUGCCUAUCCUCGCAAAUCCAGCGUCGCUCAGCGCUUUGUUGCCCCGGUACUAUGUAACGCAGACGAACCCGAACAAGUCAACACCACCAACCUCGAAGAGACGGGCUGUGACGCCGUUCAACGACGAUGGACGUGUGAAUUGGGCCGAUUUAUCUGCGGGCGAAAAGGCUGCGAGAGCCACUCAACAGACCUUCAACUUUGGGUUUAUUCUUGCCGGACUCGGCCUAACAGGUGCCGUGGUCUAUCUCUUGUUCACUGAGGUGUUCUCCCCAGAUAGCAGGGUUGCAAACUUUAGCCGUGCGGUGGACCUAAUCAAGAAGGACCCAGCAUGCCAGGCAGCCCUUGGUGAUCCAAAGAAGAUCCUGGCUCAUGGCGAAGAAACCUACAACCGAUGGAAGCGGUCUCGACCCAUUGCUUCAACGAUCGCACAAGACAGAUAUGGUGUCGAGCACCUAAAGAUGCACUUUUAUCUUGAAGGGCCGCUGAACCAGGGUGUUGCGCACCUUCAUAUGACGCGGCAUCCUAAGCAAGGCGAUGGCGAUUUCGAGUACAGAUAUCUCUUUGUAGAUGUCAAGGGCCACCAGAGGAUCUAUGUCAUAAAUAAUGAAGAGGAGAAGAACGCCUCUGGCGCACCAGGCAGGAAAACGAGAUUCCUGGGGAUCAACUGGGGUUGA